AUGUGCUCACAAAAACAGCAUCCAUGUCCUUCCCUUUUGCCCAUCCUUCACCAAUCCAUUUGAAGAAAACUAGCUUCCCAUCUCGACUGAUAUUUGUUUUGUGAUCUUUUUCAGAAAUGGAAAUGACUUCACUGUCUCUUUCCCAUGCCCGGCUCCUUCCAAAGCCUCUGGUGGUCUUGCCCUCGAAAGCUUCAAUCCCUGCUCACACUUCACCGCUCCUGAAUUGCUCGAGUAGCUACUCGAAACAGCUUCGAGGAGCUAAGAUAAGAGCCAAGCACCAGCAGAUAAUUCUUGGGCCCGUACGUGCUUCUUCUGAAGCUGAAGGGCCUUCUUCAGCUGAUGCUGUUGCUGAAAGAUGGCUUCUUCAACCUGUUGGUGAUGGAGAUACAAGACACACAGGCGUCAAGGUUGAUAUGCCAGGUGCUUUUGAAAUUGCUUCUAAUGUGGUCACUGUCGGUCGUCUACCAGAAAAAGCAGAUAUGGUGAUUCCAGUUGCUACAGUUUCCGGUCUUCAUGCUCGCAUCCAGAAGAAAGAAGGGAGCCUUUUGGUCACCGACUUGGAUAGCACCAACGGGACGUUCAUCGACAACAGGAAAUUGAGACCUGGAGUUGCGACCGCUGUAUCGCCCGGAAGUUGCAUUAUAUUCGGGGAUACACGUCUGGCGAGGUUCCUAGUCUCGAAAGUGCAAUCCACGGAAGCUUCUACGGAAGCCGAAGAACCGGAAGAGAAGCCAGAGCCUGAGAACUGAGUGUAGUGCCGAAUCGGCCGCCUGAAAGUGCCGUGGGCUCUUUCCCACCAUCACCUGAGAAUAUAUGCGGCUUUUGCCGUAGCAGUCGAGAUGCAUCUGCACAAUCGUACGUUCCUCUUCGUACGAGUCAUGGAAAAGAGAGUUUUUUUUUUAUGUCCCCACAAAAUAAUUAGAAGGCAAACGAUGAAACUCCUAUGAUGAGAUGACCAUCUUUGUCUACUACCAAAAUAGCUUUUUGCUCUGGUCUUUCAACAAUGUCUUCACUUUCAGAGUACUAUUUAAGUGAUGAAAUACACUUAAUAUAUAA